AUGUUUACGUGCACGUGGAUAUUUGGAAUAGUUGUGUUCGGUACAGUGGCGCUACCUCGCCGAGUGCUGGCACAACCCAGCGCCUACCCACCCAACAUCACGACCUGCGAGCAAUUCGAACGAUCAGCUCGAUUCAACCCAUACGCACUCAUUGAUUCAAUGUGGAAAAUAUUUUACUUCUGGUCAAAUAAUACCGAGUUAACUCCUAUUGUUUUCGCGUUGGCUGCUAAAAACAGGGUUAAAAAGUUUAAGAGCAUAUUCGAAGCCACGAAUCCGGGUAUGGAUGUGGAAUGGGAGAAAGCGACUUUGUUCAUGAACCCGAGGGCUGGGGUGGAGGUGCUGUUCCUAUACGCCAGCACUCCAGGAGCCUUCCGCGCAAUCGUCCUGAAAGAGCAGCGUAAUAAAGCACGCCCGAACCCCGAGCCGUUGGUAAACUUUGCCGACGUGAGGAUGAAACUUGUUGAGCGAUACCUCGGCAUGAUGUGCUGUGAAGAUCUCACGGCAUUUGCCCUGGCCAAAUUAGCGGAGAUGCCUAAAACUGAGGAGAGAUGCCAAGAAGCAGCUGCUGCCAUUGGCUACCAAGGCUACGAGGGACGAUCCUAUUUGUCUCUAAUGAAGGAAAAUGAUGAACUUUGA